GAUCUGUCAAUGAAUCAAUUCUCAAAUGGAAUUCCUAGAGAAAUUGGAGGCUUGCAAAAUCUGGAAAACCUUUCUUCGAGACACAACAAGUUACAAGGAGCUAUACCUGACUCAAUGAUCUACAUGGUAGGUUUGGAAUUCCUAGACCUUUCUCAUAACAAUAUAUCUGGAAUCAUUCCUAAGUCUUUGGAGAAACUUCUAAAAUUGAAGUAUUUCAAUGUUUCUGUCAACAAAUUGUAUGGUGAAAUACCUUCGGGGGGUCCUUUCAAGAAACUUUCGAGUCAGGUUUUCAUUCACAGUGAAGCAUUGUGUGGUUCUUCAAGAUUUAGUGUCCCGCCAUGCCCCACUUCAUCAAAGCACAAAUCAAAUAGGAAAAAAUUGCUAGUUCUAUUUCUUUUGCUGGGACUUGCAAUUUUGUUUGUUCCAAUCAUAUUUGCGUUUUUAUGGAUAAGGUAUAGAAGAGGUAAAAGAGUUCCUCAACAAGCAGAUUCAUUUUCUACCGUAACACGAGAAAGAAUUUCAUACUAUGAACUGCUCCAAGCAACGGAUGACCUUAGUGAGAGUAAUCUGAUUGGUUUUGGAAGUUUUGGCUCUGUUUACAAAGGUUUUCUCAGAAGUGGGACUGCCAUUGCAGUUAAAGUGUUCAACCUGCAACUGGAUGCAGCAUUUAGGAGUUUUGAUACGGAAUGUGAAGUUUUGUGUAGUCUUCGCCACAGGAAUCUCGUUAAAUUCAUUACUAGUUGUUCCAAUCUUGAUUUCAAGGCUUUAGUGCUCGAGCAUAUGCCUAAUGGAAGUCAUGAGAAGCAUUUGUAUUCGCACAACUACUUCUUAGACAUCAGGCAGAGACUAAGCAUAAUGAUAGAUGUGGCAUGUGCAUUGGAAUAUCUCCAUCAUGGGUGUUCGUCGCCUGUGAUUCACUGUGAUCUGAAGCUGAGUAAUGUCUUGCUGGAUGAGGAUAUGGUUUCCCACCUCAGCGACUUUGGAAUUUCAAAAUUGCUUGGUGAAGAUCAGGGUGAUUUGUACACUAAAACCUUAGCAACAUUGGGGUAUAUUACGCCAGAGUAUGGACUGGAAGGACUAGUGUCAACAAAGUGUGACGUUUAUAGUUAUGGGGUCAUGUUGCUGGAAACAUUUACCAGGAGAAAGCCUAAUGAGUUUGAGGGAGAUCUUAGCUUGAAGCAAUGGGUGAGUUAUUCACUUCCAGAUGCUGUAAUGGACAUCGUAGAUGCCAACUUGGAAACCCAAAUGGGUAGUCGCUUACAGAAGGAGCUAGAUGUUGUGGCAUCUGUAACGCCCCACAAUUCGGGCUACAAUAUAGACCAUGAUUUCGAUGCGUUGCUAAUCCCAAAGCCAUAAAAUCCCAUGCCAAUACGGCAUAUUAAUUAUUGCGUAGCAUGUGAAUCCACUCAAGCUUGAAUUUAGACC